GCCCGCAGGGCCAGCGGUGCAGCGCAGCCUUGCGGGCGGGGCGCGGGCAUCGCGGGCGCGGCGAUAUGGGCGCGGAGUAGGCACGGGCCUCGCGGUGGCAUGGAGGUGCGGGCCUCACAAGCGCGGCAGCGCGCGGGAAGAAGUGGCGGGCCUCGCGCGCGUGGCGCUGAGGCAUGGCCACACAAGCGCGGCUCGCGCGCGGCACGACGUUGCGGGUGUGGAGCAGGGACGGCAACUAACUGGCGCAGGCGGCGACGUCCGCGCCAGGCGUGAGGCUCAGCGUCGUCGCCGACGCGUGGGGCUGGGGUGGCCACCAUCUUCCGCUCUGCCUUGACAAACUGGCUGAGCACGGACGCCAUGGAGAGAGAGGAAGGAGAGAGAAUGAGAGGAAGAAGAAGGCUGGAGGACAAGCUAAAGAACCGUAUCCGAGCUUUCACUGGAGCUUUCGCGGUUAUGAUUUCCCCUGUUCUCCUUGGCAUCGUGCUGAAAAAAGUUAGCUGGUGCUGGGAAGUAUCAGGGGAUACGGAGGCUUGAAGUCUUCAUCGAGUUUGUUCAGGGAUGGUUUCCCCACCUCGCCGCUGCUACUUUACAAGUUGGCAUACUGCCUUUCCUGUGCGUUAUGAUUUCCGAACCAUGCGCCAGCUAUAUCGCCCCAAGGCUGCUUGCUGCGUCCAAGGUGCUGGUGUUCGUCUCCAACAUUUUGCUGAUGGUCCUUGGCUGUGGGAUUCUGCUUCUCAUCCACAAGGCAGCUUGGUUAGUACUUUCGUUAUGCUCCAUCAUGGCGAUCAGUGUUAUUGCCUUUCACAUCAUCAGUUGGUGUUGCUGCGUCAAUAAUGUUGGAGGCACUGAAGAAGACGACGAGGGGUACCACAGUAAACUGGAGCACUUGCUUGAGUUGGCAGCUGGUAUAACUGUCAUGAUGUUCCUGGUGCUAGAAGUAGUGGCAUUGGAAGGUCUGCUUAGAAACAGUCAGCAGGGACAAGCCGGGCUCCUGCCUCAGCCUCCUGCCCCGGCGCCGUCGGAGGGUCCAACUGCCAAAGGACAGGAGACGUUCCUUGGUGGUACCUUGCUCAUCAGUUUCAUCUUCAGCACGGUUGGCGCGUUUCUCAUGAACGUCUGGACGACCCCCCAUGUUUGCAGCAACAAUGAUGUCUUUUUUCUGAAAGACCUGGACAUUGCCGGCAACCAAAAUGUGGUCUCCACCACCGCAUUCGUGAGGGUUUUGAGUAUCAUUCUUCAGGCUCUGCCAAUCACCGUGGUGGUGAUCCUGAUCACACUGGAUGUGCUUCCGCACGCAUGGAAACCUGCAGUAUGGCUUCCAGUAUUCCCUCCGUUCAUUGUACUUCUGGUGUUGCUAGCACGCGACAUCUGUGGCGGUACCCAACCUGACCUUCCUGAAGAUCAAAAGCCGGCCCCGUUGGAAUUGACCAAGCUGGCGUUUACGGGCUUCUUGGCUGUGGCAAUGCCGAGCGUUACAAAUGCUUCUGUCGGCACCCCCGCUAUACUUUUUGUGUUGUUUACUGCAACCACCGUUCUCUUGGGCCUCUUAUGGAGGUUCCUGACGCACGAAGCCAAACCAUCCGAAGCUGUUCUCAAAGCUGCCAAUCAUGCUUCCUUCUUCGCCCAUACGUUCAUAUCCUUCGCGGGGGUUGCAUUCUGGGUGAUGGCUGUUAGUGCCACCAAGUGAUGUGAAGUCUUUAGAGCAUAACAUUUUAUUUAAUGAUCUGUACUGAACAGCCAUGUAAGCAGCUCGAGGAACAAUCAUGUAGAAAGGUGGCAUUACUUGCCCAAGAGUGGCAACAUUGACAUUAAUUAUUUGUAUUUACCAUACAACACUUCUAAUUAUUACUGGCUAGUUCAUCAA